AUCGAUAACAAUGUGCGAAAACUAUUGAUUUUUCGUAUACAGCAGUUAGGAAAAAACGCAUAAAAAUGGGUGCCGCUUUCUUUCCCGUCCUGUUCUUCACCGCCUUGUGGGGCGGCGUGGGCAUCGCCAUGCCCAUAAUGACCCCGAAAGGACCUCAUCAGAACCUGAUCCGCUGCAUCCUGAUGCUGACCGCUGCCUGCUGCUGGCUCUUCUGGCUCUGUUGCUAUAUGGCCCAAAUGAAUCCUUUGAUUGGGCCCAAGCUAAAGCGCGAUGUGGUGGCUAUGAUCGGAAGGUCCUGGAACAACCCAAUUGUGGCUGGUUAGGAAAAUACAGUGACUGCUAACUAAAUUAUGCCGCAAUAAUCGCCACUUUAGCUGUUUGUAUUACGUUGUAAAUAAAAAGUGCAAGUAUCAAUGGUUCUGUUAACUUUAAAUUGUUUAAAUAUUAGAAAUCAACAAAUAUAUUUGAUCUUUAGACUGCGUUGUAAAUAAAAUCUAUAAACAUCAACUAGUACAUCCGCA